AUGGAACACUGCGUUGCUAAUGGACUAAUUUCUCCUAACCAGCAUGACUUUGUUCAUCGUAAAGGAUGCGUACCAAACCUUUUAGAAACUCGGGACAUCAUGACGGAAGCAACUCACUGUAGACACGCAGUAGACGUCAUUUACACAGACUUUGCAAAGGCGUUUGACAAAGUACCACAUAAACGCCUCCUUCAUAAGCUGAAAGCGUACGGUAUUCAAGGCACUCUCGUUGAUUGGAUUGCAGCUUGGCUAAACAAUCGAUGUCAACGAGUGGUUAUAAACAGCAUUACUUCUGAAUGGAAAGCAGUCACUAGUGGAGUGCCUUAA